ACCAUGUUUUAAUGCUUUGAUUCUUCACCACUCGCAUUUUACCUAGUUAGUUUCAGAAAAGGAUUAGGAACCACCAUCUGGUUGUGAUUAAUUUGCAUGAAAAGUGUAUUAAAAAAUCCAUUCUUUGUUAGUCUGAUGGUCAUAAUUUGCUAUCCGUUUUUCCAUUCAAACUCAACUUUUGAGGAGUUUUUGGAAGUGGGGUUUGUUUAUUAGAUGGCUAAGAGCUUAAAAUCAUACUUUUAAGUUGGAUUUUUGCUAUCUUGAAUCGAUAGAUGGCACGAAUUAGCUGAUGGGUUCAGAUCCUUUUUUUAUGCUGACAUGGUAAAUAUGUGGUUGGUUACAAAAUUCAUAUGGUUGCUUGUUUCAUAGAAUGGAUUUCUAACAUUUGCUACAUGUAUGUAGCAAGUAAUAUUAUGUGAUAUACUUGUUUUAUUGGAUGGGUCUUUGGAGUAGCCUAAAUGUCAAAUGUUUGAGUUCAAAAAUGAAUUUUUCAUAUUUUCUUUGUGAAUGCUUUAAUGAUAGACUUGGUCUUUGAAUUACGUUGUGUUUUUUAGCGAUGGUUCUUGUUUGGAUUUAAUAAUAGAAGUCUCGUUUUCAUUUUGAUCUUUGAAUUAAGUCGUAUAGUUAUGCUUGUGUCUUUGGAAGAGGUAAAUGAGUUACUCUUAGGUCAAACUACUCUUAUUUUGUUUGAUAUUCGCAUGCAUAAAAUGCCUUUUUAUUUAUCAUCUAGUUCGUGAAAACUGAGUAUAUAGUACAUACUACAUAGAACUGAGUAUAUAUGUGUUUUGUACAUUCAUAAGUGAAUGUAGCUUUUAGCUUUGUAUUAAUUUCGAUAUUUUUGUUUACAUUGUUCUAGUACGUGUUUGAGAGAUGUCAAACAAGGACUUUGAAAAUGACCUUGAUGAUAAAGCUAAUUGGCCAAAACCUAUUGAAGGCUACUUCAUUAGUAUGUUGUAUGAAGAGACAAAAAAAGGCUUGCAAACCAACACUUUAGAAAAGAAUCAGUGGGAUGCGAUUGACAUGAAGUUGUUUGACAAAUAUGGUAAGAGAUACACUCGUGAAAAAUUGAAGCAAAAAUAUAAUCGGUUGCGGAAGAUUCACCGUAAGUUUGCCAAGCUUGUUAAUCAUACUGGGAUGGGUUGGGACCCUGUUGCAAACACUGUUCAAGCAUCGGAUGAAGUUUGGGCAGCUUAUAUUAAGAUUUUCAAUAAUACCACUGCUACUGGUCAAAUGCAGUAUGCAUCCACCAAUUCUCCUCCAAAUUCUGAUUCUGAGAGAGAGUUAGAAGCUGGGUUUCUUACCACUGAUGCACACAUUAAACAAAGUACCGGAAGUGGUUCAAGGGCAUUUAGUGAGGGACAUGAAGGAACCAGUACCAAACGUUGUGCUCUUUUUCCUCCAAGUGAUCUUUCCUCGAAGUCAAAGUCAUCCAAGUCAACCAAAAUGGAUGAAGCUAUUGCAGCUUGGGCAAAGUCACUUAAUGCCAAGACUGAUGCUACAUUGGAAAAGGUUAAGCGUAAAAGAGAGAGGGAAGUAUCCUCCCCAUUGAGAAAGUUAAGUACCAUUGAAGAUUGUAUGGAAGUACUUAAGGGCAUGGAAGAUAUUGAUGAUACCGCUUAUUUGAAAGCUUUGGAGAAGUUCACUAGCUCGGAUUGGAGGAGGAUGUUUAUGAAGAUGUCUGAGUCGAGGAAAAAAUUAUGGCUCAAUAGUCUAAAAUGAAUAGUUAGUUUGUGAGUUGAUUGUUAGUUAGUGUGUUGAUAAUAUGAUAAAUUUGCUUAGAAUUAAUUAUAAGGGUUAGCAAGAUGACUAUGGAUAUGCUUUUGUGUUUGGUAUUGAGAUCUUUUGCUUUAGGAUGAACUAUAAUUAAAUGAGUAUGGAAAUGACUAGUUUUAGUAAUAUGAUUAAUGUUAUGUUAUUAUCUUA